ACACUAGUUAUUAGGCUACAGUCAGUCUACCGAAUUCCAGUAGAGACGUCAGAGCUCAACUGCAUUCAGAGUUGGACAAUCUUUUUUUUUUUUAUUGAAAUGUCUGAGUUUUCCGAGGAAGUGUUGGACCACUAUCUACUGAAUCAAGUGGACCUCAGGCAUCGUACCGUGGGCAGGCGCGUGGAGGAAGUUCUGAAGGUGGUCACUGAUCUGACCACUGAGAUCAGCAGGAAAGACGGACGCUUCCAGUCCCUUGCCCAUGCAGGGGUCAACAAUGAGAACAUUAAGGACCAGCCUGCAAUGUUGUCUAAAUGGGCUGCCCUCCUGAGGGGCCGGAGCUCCUUCAACCCAGCCGUUCACGUCCUGACUUCGAGCCUGGUUUUGGUAAGUGUUCCAGUGAGAGGGUUGAUUGGAUAUCGUGAGCUUCCGAGUCGUAAAUGGAGAUAUUAUUCUCUGACUGGCUCCCUCUUCCCCAAUCCUGUCCGCGAGCCAGAGAAACUCCACCAAUGGCUGGAGUUGGAGAGUUUCACAAGCCCCGCCCAGGAUUGGCAGGAUGCCAAAGUUUGUGUGGAUGGAGACAUUGUUCCUGCGAAGGUGGUCAGUCUAUUCAGGGAACAACUGGUGACCGCCAUACAGACCUGCAACUACCAUGGUAAGGUCAGCAUCUUGGAGUCUUUGGGUUCGGUAGUCCGUGUUGCAAUAGAAACGGUGGAAGGUGUGAUGGAGGCUGAGCUUGUCCCUACGGUUGAGCUGAUGAACUAUUGGCCAAAGAAGGCCCGCUGGCCCCGCCUUCUCCAACACUGGCCAACCACAGAGAGAGCCCGCUGCAUCAAGUCAUUUGGGUUUAACCUCAUGGCGACCUCUAACUACCACUGGCUGUUGUCGUUCUCUCGAGCGGAGCAGGCGUUGCUAGGGGCCAUCGACGAAGAUGGCGGUUGCCGUAGGAAAUGCUACCGUGUCGUCAGACAGCUGAAGGAGGACGUCUGGUGUCCUGGCACUAAGCCUGUCAUCACGGCCUAUCACCUUCAGACCCUCUUGUUCUGGUGCUGUGAGAAGUUUCCAUGUGGGCGUGACUGGCGCUGUAUGAAGGAGUGUGUGUUACGCGUAGCCAGAAAGCUGUUGAAGUGUGUGGGCCAGCGUUACCUGAGACACUAUUUUGUCCGCUCCUAUAACCUGUUGAAGUACAGUAACACCACCGAGUUGGACCUCACAGCCCAGAAGAUCAAUGACUUUAUAACCGACCCCAGCCUCUAUGUCCACUAAACACAUCUUAUUAAUGACUCCUUUCAAGCCUAAUACUGUUAUUACUAUUGUUAUAGGUGUCUAUCCUUAUGUUCCUAUCAUUAAAACUCUAGAGCACUUUAAGCAAA